ACAAACAGCAGUAAGUUUAUUAGCUCCUACAGCUUAGAACUACUUACUUGGUUGCCUAGCUCUCGCUGCCAAGUAACAAGUAGUACUCCACUAGUACGCACGAAGCAAAAGCUAGCUAGAUUGCAGCGCGCAACACCAUGGCGUGGCAAUUACUGCAAGCAAUGGCCACCACGAGCACAUGCUUCCCGACGUCCUCGCCGGCAACGGUGCGCUGCUCGGCUGCAGCUCGGCGGUCUGCCAACUACGCUCCCAGCUCCUGGGAUUACGACUCCCUCCUCCAGCUCUCCCCCAACAAUGGCGGACAGGCAGAUGAAGUCGAUAAGUUGAAGGCCUGCGUGAGGGAGCGGCUGGUUGCAGCGAGCCGAGGCGACCACCAAACUGUGAAGCUCGGGCUUGUCGACACAGUGCAACGGCUCGGCAUCGCCUACCAUUUCAAGGAGGAGAUCACCGGCAUCCUCAGCUCCGUUCACCACAAGCCUCACGGGUGUAGCUGGGAUGAUGGUGAUGUUGCUUCCGCGGCCUUGAGGUUCAGGUUGCUCAGGGACAGUGGUUUCCCAGUCUACUUCCCUCCAGAAUCUCUGGAAGCUGUCAAGCAUAGAUCCAACGAUGCCAAUGGACUCCUCUCACUCUACGAGGCUUCGUACCUUGCAUUCGGAGGCGAGGAAGCACUGGACGAGGCAAGAGCAUUUUCCAAGAAAGCUCUCAUAAAGCUCUUGCCAUCCAUGGAUCAAUACUUACGGCGCAAUGUAGUUCGUUCUUUGGAACUUCCAUUGCACCGGAGGUCUCCUAGACUUGAAGCUAGAUGGUUCAUAGACCAGUAUGCUAAAGAUGAGAGCAAUUCUGAUCCGUUGCUCAUUAGAUUGGCAACAAUUGACUUUAACAAUGUGCAAAGUGGGCAUCAGGAAGAACUUGCGAGGCUGGCAAGGUGGUGGAAGGGGACUGCCCUUAGUGAAAAAUUGGGGUUCGCUAGGGAUCGUCUCAUGGAGUGCUUCCAUUACGCAAAUGGAAUUGUGUGGGAGCCAAACGAUGGAGCAUGUCGAGAAGUGCUUGCUAAAGUCGCCAAUCUAAUAGUUUAUUUAGAUGAUGUUUACGAUGUGUAUGGAACUCUUGAUGAACUUGUUCUCUUCACUGAUGCCAUUGGAAGAUGGGAAGAAACUCCAAGUGAAAUGCUCCCCAAAUACAUGCAAGCACUCUAUUCUGUCAUAUAUAACACAUCCACUGAGGUGGCUGAAAAUGUGUUGAAACAACAUGGUUGUGACACAAGUUAUGUUCUUCAGAAAGCGUGGCGAGACAUGGCGGAGUCUUUCCUGAUGGAGGCAAAGUGGCACCAUGGAAACCACAAACCAACACUGUGUGAAUAUCUGGACAAUGGAUCAAUUUCAUCCUCUGCACCACUCCUACUACAACACGCGUUUCCCCUGCUCCGGUUAGAAGAAAAGUUGAACGCAAUAUCUCUUGCUACGGUUGGGAGCUACCCAAAAUUAGUGCAGUCCGCAUCAUUAGUUCUUCGCCUCUGCAACGACUCUGCAACCCACUCUGCAGAGCUGGAGCGAGGGGAUGCACCAUCAUCAAUAGCUAUUCACAUGUCAGAGAACAACUUCAGUGAACAAGAGUCUCGCCAAGCCAUGGAAGAUCUUACCAUGGAAGCUUGGAAGUCGAUUAAUGAAGAUGCAUUCAAACAUUGCAAAUUUUCUGGAUGUUUUGCCACGAGUUGCGUGAAUUUAGCUCGAAUCUCGCAUUGUGUUUACCAAGGUGGGGAUGGUUUUGGUGCGCCGGAUGGUCAGAAGAAAACGCAAAUCAGAGAGUUGUUCUUGGACUCUCUCAUUAGUGAGAAACAGUAAACAGUGAGAAACCUAAAGAAUUGCUAGGUGUCUAAUUUCUAUAUUACUAAAUUAGACACCUAUCUUUGAAAGAUGUUAUAUAGAAUUAAUGAUUUAUAGGUAUUGAUUCUGAUUCUGAUUUGGUGCUCAUGAAGUACCGAGUUUAAUUUGCUCCAUAACAAGAUGAGAAAGGUUAGGAAUUUUCAGGAUUCAUAAAGUUUAAAAGUGACGUACUAAACACUUAUGUGACCUUGCUUCAAAAAGGAAGUACUGUGACCAGUAAAAUACAAGGUUGUGUGUAAUGUGUCUUGUACGUCCUCCUGGAUCCUGGUCAA